CAAUCGCCAACAAUAACUUCAGGCGCAAGCGCAUUGUCCGGUGACUAUCACUUAUUUCCCUUGCUUUCCAAGUUCUUCUGCAGCUUCCGACGCUCCUGUCAAUCUUCCCACGCCCGUUGCGGCCUUCUGUCGCUGGCCGGUUUUUAUCGACCUGCCCAUCAACCCCUUCCACGCUCCAGCGACACCCACGUUCAACAAGCCAAACGCCCUCAUGUUCUCGACAACAAGUCGGCCCGCGGGCCAGUCUCUCUUUGGCGGUGGCGGAACCAGCAUAUUUGGCCAGUCGACGAAUACACAGCAACAGCAGCAACAGCAGCAGCAGCAGCAGCAACAACAACAGCAGCAGCAGCAGCCCGCGCCGGCGUCAGGUCAGCAGCAGCCGACACCCCAGUUGACCGGUUCAUUAUGGCAGCCCGGGAGUCUCAGUAGCUAUCAGCGACCGAUCCCCGAGCAGAUCAAGCUCAUCAUGGAGAAGUGGGACCCCACAAACCCGAACUGUGCCUUCAAGACGUACCUCUACAACAAGGUCGACGAGCACACCGUCCCGCUGUACGGGCCGGGGCCCAACGAGGACCCCAAGGAGUGGGAGGAGGCGUUGCGGCAGAAGCCGGCGCCCAACUUCAUCCCCGUGCUCUGCGCCGGCUUCCCCUCCAUCAUCGCGCGCCUGACCCUGCAGCGGCGGGUCAUGGUCGAGUUCAACAACAAGCUGCACGCCAUCAACGCAAGCCUCGACGCCAUCCUGUCGCGGCACGAUCUCGAACACACCGUGCGCGCCUUCAACGCGCGGAGGCGGCACGCCGAGCUGAGCAAGCGCUGUCUCGUGCUCGCGUCGCGCGUGCAGGUGCUGCGGAACCGGGGCUACGCCAUGAGCGGCGACGAGGACGAGCUGAGGCAGAAGCUGCAGAAGAUCGACAAGAGCAUGCAGGACCCGGCGCUGAGCGCGCGCAUGGAGGAGCUCUGGAGCCGGUUGAUCAUCCUGCGCGGCUAUGCGGAAAGCCUGAAGGACGAGAUUAACAGGCCCGGUUUCGCCGAGGGCAACGGCCUGGACGAGGAGAUCGAGGCGAAGGCGAAGAAGAUCCUCGAAGACUACGAGAAACAGCUCCAGCAUCUUAAGAAGCAGGUUGAGGAGGCUAAGGCGGACUUCGAAGCGUGGGAAAAGCAGCACAAUCCGGCGCCGGCGCCGAAACCGGCAGCGCCAGCCCAAUAGCCCCUGGCAGGCAGGUGAUACCCCGAGCGAGUUGGCGAGCCAUGUUAUUUUGACAAGAGGUUUACCGGGCAUUGUGAGCCGAGCAAGUCAUUGCGUCGGCCGGCCCGAGUUCCGGACAGCCCGUUGGACAUUCCGCGUUUCAUAUCAGAUGGGAGACGGAUGAAAAAUCAUGUACUGCCACAUAGGGUAUUCAUUAGUGGCCUCACUGCACCAGGCCCUGAAGAUAUACCCGCCCUUUUUUGCUUCCGCGAACAUCCGCCCGUCUAAUGAAUGCGAUCCCAGGGUAGAUUGAGAGAUGCCCAUCCAGUCUGCCGUCCCUGUCGUCCCAUAAUGUACACAAAUGCCCCCAAGACAACGUAUCGUACACUGAGUUGGGCGGAGACGGAGAGGGGUAUCCUGCGUGCCGGCCCGCCGGUUCCCCCGUCCCACACCGCCGAGUUCCCAUCAGGUAAACCAGCUUUAUGGAUUCCGUCGGCGAAGACGCAUAUCACUCGCGUCUACCGUCCAUGCUCUCCCGAUUCCCCGCCGCCACUACCCGGCAGGGUGGUCGUCGUGGCUCUGUACCCCUGGCUUAACGUGCUCGCCAUUCAAAGCAUAAGAUAGGACCGGGGAGGAAAGAAAACGAGCUCUGUGCUGUGUAUCCGGCGGGCUUGUGCAGAGGCCGGUUGAAUGGAUCGGUAAUGCGCGCGGCUUAGAACAUCUUGGAGAUGGCGUCGAUGAGUAAGGGGGAGAGGUAGAGCGCCGCGGCGGUCGCCAGGGCCCGCUGGAUGGUGAAGGUCGCCUCGGCCUCGGCCGCGCGGAGCUCCUCCUUCGAGAGCGGCGGUGGUUGGAAGCCUCCGAACAUUAUGCUCGAUUCGCCUGGAUUUUAGAAAGUUGAUGCGUAGGUAAGGCCAAAGUAGCUGUUUGGGUCCGCGUUUCCAGGUUCGGAUGCGGCACUGGAGCUGGUGGCGUGGUGGAUAGCUGGAG